AUGCAAUUGAAGUAUAGAAACAAUCUUAGUAUAAGAUGUGUGUCUGUUUAUUUAAAUCGACGUAACUGUUUGUGUACAUAUCCUAAUUUUCACCUCGUUCACCUCUUGGAUCGUUGCUCUUUGGCUCGUAAGAUGUCUCGCUUCGGUGUACCCAGGGAUCAGUUGGCUCGUUGGGCUUGUAUUGCCGAACACGAGAGCACUGAUGUCGUCGGCCCAACAAACUACAAUGGCUCCAACGAAUACGGUCUCUUCCAGAUCAAUGACUACUACCGGUGCCAGCCUGCUAGCGGACGCUUCUCCUACAAUCAGUGUCACAUCGACUGCAAUGGAUUAUUGACCAACAACAUCGAACCAAUAGUACGUUGUGCCCAAGAGGUGCUACGCAUGCAAGGUUGGUCUGCCUGGUCCACCUGCCAUUGCUGCGACGGCUAUGUGCCAAACAUUGAAGACAGCUUCUAA